GACUGGCCUCACUAGAUGCCAGCUAGGCCUAGCAGAGGAGCCCUGCAAGACUCUCAGCUCGGAGGGAAACUUGGAGGCCUGAACUGCUGAGGGAAAGCUAAGAUGGAGCUCAUCCCCAACCUUUCUAUAGAAACCUGGGUGCUGCUGGUUACCAGCCUGAUGCUCUCCUACAUAUAUGGGACCUAUUCUCAUGGCUUGUUUAAGAAACUAGGAAUUCCUGGACCAAAACCUGUACCUUUAUUUGGCACCAUUUUUAACUACGCUGAUGGCUUGUGGAAAUUUGACGAGGAUUGCUAUAAAAAGUAUGGAAAAACAUGGGGGUUUUAUGAGGGCCCAAUGCCUAUAUUGGCUAUCAUGGAUCCAGAGAUCAUCAAAAUUGUGCUGGUGAAAGAAUGUUACUCAGUCUUCACAAACCGUCGGCCUAUUGGGCCAGUGGGAUUUAUGAAAAAGGCCAUUACCAUAUCUGAGGAUGAAGAAUGGAAGAGACUUCGAACGCUCCUGUCUCCAACCUUCACCAGUGGCAAACUCAAGGAGAUGUUUCCCAUCAUGAGACAGUAUGGAGAUAUAUUGGUGAGAAACUUGAGACGAGAAGAAGAGAAAGGGUUGCCCAUCAACAUGAAAGACAUCUUUGGAGCUUAUAGUAUGGAUGUGAUCACUGGCACAUCAUUUGGAGUGAACGUCGAUUCCCUCAAUAAUCCACAGGAUCCCUUUGUGCAGAAAGCCAAGAAGAUCUUAAAAUUUAAAAUUUUUGAUCCAUUUUUUCUGUCUAUAAUUCUGUUUCCAUUUCUUACUCCAAUAUAUGAGAUGUUAAAUCUUUCCAUUUUUCCAAGACAGUCAAUGAACUUUUUCAAAAAAUUUGUAAAAAAGAUUAAGAAAGAACGCCUUGCUUCAAACCAGAAGAACCGAGUGGAUUUUCUUCAACUGAUGAUGAAUACUCAGAACUCCAAAGGCCAAGAGUCCCAUAAAGCUCUUUCUGACCUAGAAAUGGCAGCACAAACGGUUAUUUUUAUUUUCGGGGGCUAUGAUGCCACCAGCACCUCCAUAUCCUUCAUAAUGUAUGAACUGGCCACUCACCCUGAUGUGCAAAAGAAACUUCAGGAUGAGAUUGACAGAGCUCUGCCCAAUAAGGCACCUGUCACCUAUGAAGCCCUGAUGGACAUGGAGUACCUGGACAUGGUGGUGAAUGAAAGUCUAAGAUUGUACCCAAUCGCUCUCAGGCUAGAAAGGGUCUCAAAAAAAGAUGUGGAAAUCAAUGGAGUGUUCAUUCCCAAAGGGACUGUAGUUACGAUACCAAUCUAUCCUCUUCACCGGAACCCUGAGUACUGGCCAGAGCCUCAGGAAUUCCGCCCCGAAAGGUUCAGCAAGGAGAACAAGGUCAACAUUGAUCCAUAUAUAUACCUGCCCUUUGGGAAUGGACCCAGGAACUGCCUUGGCAUGAGGUUUGCUCUCAUCAGCGUGAAACUUGCUGUCAUAGGAGUCCUGCAGAACUUCACUGUCCAGCCUUGUGAGCAAACACAGGAGGUGUGCAUGGAUGCAGUAUAUGAAAAUGGGACAUUCUGGAACUGCUGGUCAGGGGACUUUGUCGCCCUGUGUACUAAAGGGCCAGAUUUUCAGCAGCCAAGGAUAUCCAUGCCCAUGUGAAUGUGAUGGGGCUUCAAGAUGUGAACUGAGACAAUUCACUCUGGCUGUUUGAACAGCAGUGUUUCAUAGGAAGAGAAAAAAGAUCAAUCUUGUAUUUUCUGACCACAUAAAGGCUUCUUCUCUUUGUAAUAAAGUAAAAAAGCUCUCCUCAAAAAAAUAUUUGUGGGUAGGAUAAAUGAGUUAGAGUGAUCACCUGACAACUAGAUCCUAAUCAACCUUAUAAAAAGCCAGAAAAGUUGUUGUAUACUUGUAAUCCUAGUGGUAUAGAGGCAAAGGAAAGGGCCAUCCCUGGAGCUUUCUGGAUAGAUAAUCUGCCAAUCAGUGAGUUUAAUGAGAGUCCCUGUCUCGAACAAUAAAGAAGAGGUCCAGCAAUAUGGCUCAGUGAGUCAGUUGCCAGCUGCCAAAUAUUACAACUCUGUGUUUAGUUUCAGGGCCCAUAUGGUAAAAGGAGAUAACCAACCACAAGUUGGCUUAUGACUUCUACACAGGCUCUGAGAUAUAUGUACAUUUCUGCACAUACACACACCAAAAUGUAAUUUUAAAUAAUAAUUAUAGAGAGACACGGACACAUUGACAUCAACCUCUGAUAUCCAUACAUAUGCCUACACAUGUGAACAUGUAAAUACCUAUACAAGCAUACAACACACACAUUCAAAUAAUGGCAGAAUGAAUGGAAAUAUUUCCAAGUAAUAGGAAAAGUCAAAGAGGGCUAGCUCUCACCUGGACUAACAAUCAGGACCAGAUCUAACUAGAUCCACACAAUCGUUGACUAUGAAGGACAGAAAUAUCUUGUUUCUUGGUAUCUUGUGGACAUGAUACCAUCACACCCAUGACGUCUCAGAAGCCCUGGUUACCUGCACAAGACACACCAAAGAGCAACUCAGUCAACAUCCCAGCAGAGUUUUCCAGGGAAUAUGAGCUGAGGAGCUUGUGAUAAUUGAUUGCUGCUAGGGAAGGGAGAGUGAGUUUCCAGGUGUGCAGCCCCAGGUAGUUGCCUCUGCUCCAAUGGAUGACCCAAAACUAUAUAGGGGCAACACUAAUUAGACUUAGUGGGUUGAAAAUAGAAAAGAAGUGAGUCAUGAUGCUGGGUGGAGGAUUUAGAUAUUAGCCCAGAAGCUUAGAAUACCCAAGAUACAAUUCACAA